CAACUAAUAAUCUCGUUGACACCCUAUCUCCUGAUUUCUCUAGCUAGGUUAAUUAGCAAACCUUGCCGUGUGCGUCCAUCUGCAGCAAUGGCUUUUGGUGCCGCUGCCGCUGCUUACGCUGCCGCCGUUGCGGUUUUCGCCAUCAUGGUCCUGUCUUCCCUGGGGCACCCAGAGACAGGGCCGUUAUGCAGCGACUGUGGGUUGCUGUGCACUAUGAACUGCACAACAGAGAUCGCCACCAAAUGCAGAAGUUACUGUGAGAACCCCUCGGCUGGUAGGCAGUAUUGCCAGAGGCAGGUCUUUCAGGCGUGCACGCUGUCCUUCUGCUGCAACGGCAACUGCAGCCGUGAUUGCGACUUGGAAGCCCAAAAUGGCUGCCAUGUCCACGACACCACUAUCGAUUGCCAGUCUUGCAGGGGCGGUGUACUCCAGUACUGCAUUCCCACCUGCAACAGCAACUGCAACAGCACCUGCGUGAAGAAAGACCAUGGAUGCUGAGGGUUUCAUCCAAGCUUGGUCUCAUUUUCUCUGUUGUUGGUCAGCAUCACUUCGUGCAUGUAUUGAGUGGCUGUAGUCAUGAAUUGAAGCCCCUUGAAUCUCUAGGUCUCUGGGAUAUGUCUACAAUGAAUAAAGCACCUUUGCAGUGUACUAGUUCAGUACUUUAUAUGAAAAUUUGCAUGCGUAGCCCUCGAACAAUAUGCAUGGAUCUCAAAGCAAACAAAUUAUUAAUUAAAUAUUUUCUUGAUUUUUGUAAUCAAUGGUCUCAUCUCGGCCUGUGUGGGCGUCUGGCCUUGC